AUGGCCGACGAGGGCCCCCGUCGCUUGUCACUCUCCCGCACCAGGAGCCGCCCGGACCGCCCCGAAAGCCCGGAACCCGUCUACUCCGUCGAACACCUCGACGAUCACAGCAUCUACCACCACGACCAUGCUGCCGCCGAGUCAGACCGCCCCGCCACAGGUGACGAUUCGGAAGUCGAGAAGAAGGACAACGGCCAAGAUGACAACGGGAGUAUCGAGGUCCCCGAAGUUCGAGACGGUAUCCCCGACGUGAGGGACGUCGAGAAGGCCGACCUCGCCAAGGAACAGGCCAAGAGCGAUGCUCCUCUAAAAGACCCUAACUCUGUCGGCUGGGAUGGUCCCGAAGACCCCGCCAACCCGAAGAACUGGUCGAUCCGUCGCAAGUGGGCCGCUUGCCUGGUCGUCUCCGCCUUCACCUUCAUCUCGCCAGUCUCGUCCUCCAUGGUCGCCCCCGCCCUCCCCGCCAUCUCGAAGGACCUCGGCGUCAACAAGGACAUCGAAGAAGCCCUCAUUCUGUCAAUCUUCGUUCUCGCCUACGCCGUUGGCCCCUUGGUCCUCGGCCCGCUCUCAGAGGUCUACGGACGAGUGCUGGUCUUGCAGUGCGCCAACGCAUUCUACCUGGCCUGGAACCUUGGGUGCGGCUUCGCGAAGACCAAGGGCCAGAUGAUGGCCUUCCGCUUCCUUUCCGGCCUCGGCGGCUCCGCGCCCCUCGCCAUCGGCGGUGGCACCCUCUCCGACAUGUUCCUCCCAGAGCAGCGCGGCAAAGCCAUCAGCAUGUACAGCCUGGGGCCGCUCAUCGGGCCCGCCGCCGGCCCCAUCGCCGGCGGCUUCAUCGCCCAGUACUCGACCUGGCGCUGGGCCUUCUGGGCGACGUCCAUCGUCGACGCCGCCAUCCAGAUCCUCGGCUUCUUCUACCUGCAGGAGACGUACGCGCCCGUGCUGCUGAAGUGGAAGGCGGCGCGGCUGCGCAAGGAGACGGGCAACGCGGAGCUGCGAUCCGAGUUCGACUCGGACAAGACCAUCUCCAAGGUCCUCGGCGUCGCGCUGGUCCGCCCCUUCCGCCUGCUCUUCACCCAGCCCAUCAUCCAGUUCCUGGCCGCCUACAUGGCCUUCCUGUACGGCCUCAUGUACCUCGUGCUCUCCACCUUCCCCUCGCUCUGGACCACCGCCUACCACGAAUCCGUCGCCAUCGGCGGCCUCAACUUCAUCUCGCUCGCCGUCGGCUUCUUCGUCGGCAUCCAGGUCGCCGCCCGCCUCAACGACAAGAUAUACGUGCGCCUCAAGCGCCGCAACGCCGGCGUCGGCCUGCCCGAGUUCCGCGUCCCGCUCAUGGUGCCCGGCGCGCUGCUCGUCCCCGUCGGCCUGUUGUGGUACGGCUGGUCGGCCCAGGCCCGGGUCCACUGGAUCAUGCCCGACAUCGGCGCCGCCAUCUUCGCCGCCGGCGUCAUGGUCGCCUUCCAGUGCAUCCAGACGUACCUCGUCGACUCGUACACGCGCUUCGCCGCCAGCGCCAUCAGCGCCGCCACCGUCUUGCGCUCCCUGGCCGGCUUCGGCUUCCCCCUCUUCGCCCCGUACAUGUACCAGGCGCUGGACGACGGCUGGGGGAACACGUUGCUCGGUCUCAUCGGCGUCGUCCUGGGUCUGCCCGCGCCGGUGAUCUUGUGGAAGUACGGCAAGGUGCUGAGGGCGAAGAGUCAGUUUGCCGCGGGCGGCUGA